UUGUGGUGGGAGAAUGCAGGGACAGAGAGGGACGAACACACAGAAAUGUGUCGCGGGGUGAGAGACAAACAAACGGGGCGAAGAGGCCUUCGAACACUCGGCGCUACAGAUUCGUGUUCACCAGUCGCACGCGCGGUUAAUGCUCGAUCGUAGACCGAUUGAAGUCCAAUCUCGAUCGUCGAUCAUUCGAAAGCGGGUUGAAUCGAGGGCUCGGUGAUUCCCAAGUCAUUUUACGAUCGUAAAGUUUGAUCUCACGGAGGAGAAGAAAAACGCCGUCGAGCAUGGAGACGCUCGUGACUCUAAGCGCGAUCGUGCUGAUGAUCGUCCUCGUCAAUGGACAGAAAAUCGACACGCCUAUCCCAUGCAGACAAACGCCGGAUUGUACAGACAUAAAGACCCUUCCGAGAAAUGCUUUUUGCAAAGAUGGACAUUGCAUGUGCUCUGAAUUGAAUGAAAUUAAGAAUUGCUCGAGUCUCAAUGCGUCCGUGCACGAAAUGCAAGUUCCAGGUCCGCUGGUUUAUCGCAAGUGUAGAAUCGAACAGGAUUGCGUUUUUGAGGGUGGAUUUUGCAACUAUGUUACCCACCAAUGUGACUGCAUAAAGAACUUCAUACCAUCGAGCAGCGGACAACAUUGCGUUUCAUUGAUCCAUUCGAUUGAUGCUAACUGCAAGGAUAAAAAUCAAUGUCUGCCGUUUUUGGCGAACAGCACUUGUCGCGACAACAAAUGUGUCUGCGCACCUGAUUAUCAUUACGUGAACAAUACAUGCUGGAAAAAAGUAGAAUACGGAGACCCUUGCAUGAGAAACCAGGAUUGCUUGCAUAUCGAGGGUGCUGUAUGCACGAACGACCGGAAGUGCAGAUGUGAGGCUGAAACUAUUCUGAAUACGAACGGCACAAAGUGCUUGGCCGCUGCAAAGAAGAUCCGGGAUGAAUGCGUGGAUAUAGCGCAGUGCACGACUACAUUUGAGCAUUCAGCAUGUAUUGACAACAUGUGCCAGUGUGAGCCAGAUUACCAUUAUGAGAACGCUAUGACGAGAUGUUUCCUCAACAAAGCGCUCGACGACGAGUGCGCAAACGAUUACGAGUGUUAUCAAGCUGAAAACUACAUGAACGAUUCGCCGACCAGGCCUCUGAAGUGUGAGGCCAACAAGUGUACGUGCGCCGACAAUUACGUCAGGGAUAAUAAGGAAUGUAUCAAUUCCGGUUCAUCGCUUGCGGUAUCCCUAUUAACGAUCCUUUUUGCGAUGGCGUUGGUUUGUAGUAUUUUAAUCUCGUAGAAUGCAGUAGAUAAAUAUCUGAUAUCACCAUUGAUAUCUCUUUUAAUAAAUAAUCCCUACGUUAUAUACGUUCACACGGAAAAGUAAAUAAUUUGUUUCAUGGAACGAAGAAAAAUCGGGAAAACACAAACGGACGCCGUUACCUCAGUAAACAUUCUUGCACGGUUUACCGUGGUGUGCAAUUAUUUGUAUCAUUGUGAGGGCUCUUAGGAGAGUUGCGUAUUUUUCACAAAUAAUACAAAUAUUGCAUUGACGAGCAUUGGAGCUCGUUAAUGUACUCAAGAUUUCAAUCAAGACAUAUGUAUCUACGCGUGUUUGUAAGACUGUCGACGAUAGUCUAAGAAUAAGGAAGGAAAUAAGUGACGAUCAUGAAAUGGUCAUCCAAGUUUUAAUCAAAUAUUGUACAUAUGAAUCUGAAUAAUUGUAAAUAUUUGUGGCUGAUCGUGUGAUAGUGAAGAUAAUAUAUAGCGGUAAGUUACGAUGAAAUCGAAAUGAAACCAUCGCGAUUUCCCUCGAUUAUAGACGUAAUAUUGGGAUUAAUCGUUCUCAUCGUCAUUUUCUUUCAUUUCUAUCGUUAAAUACGCAAAGACUAAUGCAUUUUUCCACCAUUUGAAACGAUCGAACGCAAAGGGAUAUUACGUAGGCGCAAAAUCGAACACCAUUGUAAUUGCGCAGUAGAACCUAUUGUGGAGACGAGCACUUGAAUUAGACGCGUUAAAGUAUUUAGAGCCUUCCACUCUCGCGAACAUUUAAUUAACGCGGUCAUUAAAAUGCGAAACUGAUGUUUUCUGCGGUGCUACCGCUCCUUGUAGAAGCUGCAAUUCGCGAGUACGAACGAAAACUUUCAAUUAUUUGAGAUUCUUUCUUUUUUCAUUCUUUCAGGUUUAAAUAUAUAUACAGUGUCCACAGAUAAUUUUCACGCGUUUUUGCGUUUGAUAAAUUAAAUUAGAUUAAAAAGCAGAAAUCGAAAAGAAAGGAAAUACCUUUAGAAACAAUAAAAGUGCCAUUUGCUUUUUUAAUAUUUAUUAAUGAUUAUAAUAAUAAUUUAAUACUUACCAUUAAUAUGUAAGUAUGUAUCUGUAGCUCGAUUCUAAGGGAGGCAAUAGGAAUGUCUAUUCGGAUUGUGUUAAACAUCACAUAGAUUUUGCUGAAAUUUUAUAUAUACGCGUUACUAUACAUUGUUCAUAAAAUUUAUUAUUUGCUCUUUUGAAACCAAGCAAACGUCAAUUUCCUUUUGCGUUUGCUUGAUCUCCAUCUUCGCUUGAUCCAACGAGACAUUCUUUCGCAUCAUUUUAAUGAGAACAUCUUUAAUGUAUUUGUAUAGAGCAUACACUCCUUUACAGUGAUAAACACACAUUUUAUUGUAAAACCAUAAAAUAUUUUAUACUAUUUUAUUAUGAUAUUGUUAUACACAGUACGUAAUAUUCUAUAUCAAAAUAAUCAAUCUACCUCCAAGUGAUCAAGCGACGCGAUAGCGACGCCAAGUACAUAAAGUUCUUUUUUUCAUAAUUUUAUGAGUGCCAUUUUUUUAUCACGCUCCCAUAGCUACUGUACACACAAUGACGCAAUGCGUCGUAUGUAUAUUUAAAUUCAUCAUAAAUACAUUUUACUAGAAUACGAUUAUUA